AUGCAGCAGCCGCAGCGCGACAACAGCCUUUGGGAGGCGCUUGGAUUGAGCUCGCUUGACAACACGGAGCAGCAGCUCAUCACGCGACGAGUUGUCAUAGUGGGGGAUGCACUCAGUGGCAAACGUGCAUGCGCCAGUCGUCUUUUUGCUGCCGCGAUACAACAAUUUCCUGCUUCCUCCCCAUCGGCCUCAUCGUUGCAGGGUUAUGUCACGAGCAGUAGCCUCAAUGGAUGUGGUGUCUGUCGUCCCUUCUCCUCGCAGGGGCUGCGAGAGGGAUCGGAAGUGGGCGGCGGCGGCAGCAGCGGCAGCCGGAGCAGCAGCCACCUACCGAUGGCGUCGGCCGCGGAGGCGGCGGGGGCCGGGGGAACAGAAGGCGCCAACGCUUUACGGCACUUUCCGCAAUUUCUACACGGUGCCGGUAUCGCCCAGGCAUUUAUUCUGCAGCGCAUCCCUGCAGUUCGUAGCGUCUUUCUUCCAGCAGUGGAAGACGGGUUGAACACCAGUGGUCCGUGCCGCGGCGGCGGGGGAGUUGGCGGGUCUGCGGCUCUGCCCGGUGGCGUCCGCCGCGCAACGACGGAGUUUUUUUGCUGCGACACACCCGGGGCCCUGGCGAUGGCGCUCCCAACGGCAGAGUCGCUGGAGACGAGCGUGGUGCUGCUGGUGGUGGACACCAGUGCGCCGUGGCGCCUGCAGGAGCAGCUGCGGCGCUGGUACGGACACCUGAACACGCACGUCAUGCAGACGCUACGCGUGGAUCUGCCGAAACAAGACGAGGUGCGUCGCCUGCGCAUGGUUGAGCAGCAGCAGCGCUUCUGGCAGGCGCAGCAGCAGGUGCUGGGGUCAAUGCGGCGCCGAUGGUGUGAACGUGAGGGGAUCCAGCUGGGAAGGGGCAGUAGCGAGAACGGCGUCGACGGCGGCGGCAGCCACUGCCCGCUACCGCGUUUGCAGGUGCCGAAGGGUGGCGUCUCUCCACUCCGCACCAUUCUUGUCUGCACAAAGACGGACCAACUCGAGAAGUUCUCGCGGGAGGCGGAGAAGUUGUGCCAUCAAGGUUCGUCCCUCGCCGCGCAGCAUUUGAUGACCUCGUUGGAGACUGCGGGCGUCGGCGUGGGACCAUGCAUCUCCAGUGGUCUCCUCCCCGCACUGCGCACGACUGGUCUGACGCUGCUUGAGCUUGUGGGGCAGCUGCUGCGGAAGGAGGCUGUGGCACGCCAGAGCGCCCUCGUUGGUGUGAGCAGCCGCGUGAACACGAUAGCCACCUCCUCCUCCUCCUCCUCCUCCCCCUCAUUACAGCCCAUAACCGUCCCAUCUUCCACGGCGGCGGCAGCACCGUUGCCUGGCGGCGACAGGCUAAAUGAGGAGCCCAGCGUGCUUGGGGCGGUCGCGAACACGCCCAGUGUAUUUGUCCACCCCUUCUACAAAACUCUUUGGCUGUACAUCUUUAGGUUGCUCUACCACCCUCCCACGGCGCUCGGUGGUGGCGUGGUGCCAGCUGACGCCCUCGCCACCCGCGGCGAUGACGACGCCGAGGUGCCGGCGGAUUUGGCAGCUCCGGAAGGGUCGGCCGGGCUGAGGGGCGAGCGGGGACUGCCCGGGACGUCCCUCCUCGAUGAGCUGGAGACGCAGGUCUCAUCGCGCUUCCUCCCGCACGCCUUUCUCCCGCACGGCGUGGACCACCUGGAGCUGCUCAGUCCCUUCAUCACCUCCACGGACGCCGUGGCGCUGGAGACGGUGUUCGCCGGAGGCUCCGACGAGGCGACGGGUGCCGACUGGGGCGCACUCCGCCUCCACGACGAAUACAUGCAACAGAUAGAAACGGCGCUGGCUGCUCUUGGGCCAGAAGAAGAGACGAUGAUUUGGGACAAACUGUAA